AUGUCCGGGGAGACCCUGAAGUGGGCAGAAGGAUUAGAAAGCGGGGGCCUUAUUUGGGCGGGGGUCCCCUUCAGCCCGAGAGAGACGGCUCCGCCUUUUCAGCCCAUAAAACUGCACAUGGUCCACCAAGAACCAGGGGACCGGUCCACCAGUUGGACCGAUCCGUUGGACAACUUUAGAGACUUAAUGAAGCGAUUGACAUCUUUGGGGGUCCAAACCUGGGACGAGGCCAGCAGCCUGGAAGCGUCUCCGGACUCCACCGAGCCGCACCAAGCGUCGGCCGGAGUCGAACCUUCGGACGCGGCGAAGAAGAACAAAAAGCGGCGGGUGCUUUUCUCCAAGGCCCAAACCCUGGAGCUGGAGCGCCGGUUCCGCCAGCAGCGCUACUUGUCCGGCCCGGAGAGAGAGCACCUGGCCCGCAUCCUCUGCCUGACCCCCACUCAGGUCAAGAUCUGGUUCCAGAACCACCGCUACAAGAUGAAGAGGGGCCGGGCUGAAGGGGCGCUGUUGGACCUGGAGGUGGUGCACCCCCCCAUGUUGCGCAGGGUGGUUGUGCCGCUUCUGCUUCGGGACGGGAAGUCUUUCCAGGCCUGCUUGGAGAGAGUCACGCAUCCUCGGAUCCACUUCCCGGCUCUGACCUACCAGUCCCUGCAGCACGCUCUGCCUCCUCGCUACCAGAACCUCCAGAACCCGGCAGCCUCUUGGACGGACUUGUGGAGCAACGCGCUCCACUUUUCUUCCUUCAAGUAA